AUGUCGGACGAAAAUCCUGCCGGGCCGCCGGAGCAUCAUUCGGAUAAUGAUGAAACCAAGGCCUCGGCAGUGGUCGAGAUGCAGUCUAUUGAGCCAGGUAACGCUAAUGAUGAGAUACAGGGUGACAAGUCUAAGGUUGAGGGGCUAGUAAAUCGUAGAAUAUGCUACAUUUUCGCUCUCAUGGCGGUUCUGGAGUGCUUCGUGAACUAUGACCUAGGCGCUAUGUCGGUCAUGGUGCCGCUGAUCCAGAGUCAGUAUGCAUUCUCCACAACUGAUCUUGGCAUCAUGGGAGCACUGCCGUUCUUAGGGUUGAUCGUGUUGAGCCCGAUUAUUGGAACUGUUUUCACGUUCUUCAAGGCGAGGACGAUCAUAGCAUUGGGGCUAGUCAUGAACGUUUCGUCGCUUCUCGUCUUUGCGUUGGCUUACAACAAGGUCAUGUUCUACCUUUCUCGGUUUCUUGUGGGCGCAACCCAGUCCUUCUUCGUUAUUUACGCCCCGGUGUGGGUCGGAUGUUUUGCGCCCGAUGCCCGCAAGAACCUUUGGAUGGCCAUACUGCAAGGGUCGAUUGUUGGGGGCUUCAUGCUCGGCUAUGCCUUCACUGCCAUACUCAAAGACGCCAGUGAUGAUGGGUGGCGAAUCAGCAUCGGAUCGCAGAUGGGCGUUUUGUCGGUUCUUGUUUACCUGUUCAUGUGGACUCCCAGCCAGUACAUCAACCUGCCGUCGAUGGAAACCCCCAAGAAGGAAGCUGAUGAGACUCCAGUUGAGGCAGAUAGCGAGGGGAGCGUGGUAGUUAUGUCGAACAUGGCUGCUCUCCGAAGCCGAGCUGAGCGGAGUCCGAGUUCGCCGAGGAGCAUCGACGACAGCACUGUUUUACACAACCGCGGAUACUCCUGCGAGCCAGUUACUAAACGCCCAAGCAUUCUUCCCGGAGACACGCUGCAGAUGUUGCCGUCCAGAAAUAGCUGCAUCGGUAGAAUCAACACUGAUAUCAUGAAGCGUCCGAGCAUUAUCAGCGCAACCUGCCAUCUGCCGUGCAGGUCCAAUGAAUCCAUGGUAUCUGGAGCGCCACAAGAUCCCGAAAAUGGGGAGUCAUACACCUUGUGGUCGAGUUGCAAGAUAAUAUUGUCGAACCCAUACUUCUGCUUCUCCACGAUGACCGUCUCCGCCUUGUUCUACGUAGUCACUGCCAUCCAGUACUGGACCACCAAGGUUGCAAUAGCGUUGUACGAAGUGCCGGAAUCGUUACUCUACACUCUAUUUGUGGCAACAUCGACGACGGCGCCAGUGAUGGGCGUCAUUGCGGGUUCGUGGAUUAUCGAUGUACUCAGUGCACGAUACCCGAGCAAACCGAUCAUCAUCGACCUCGUUCUCGUAUCGUGGACGUUGGUGACUCUGUUGUGCGCACUUUCGGUGACGUUGUGGCACAGCUUCUACAAUCUGGUUGGCUGCAUCUGGGUCAUCUUAUUUUUCGGCGGUGGUCUUCUCCCGCCCAUCACUUUGAUCACCAUCAACACCAUCUCAGAGCCCCUGAGGCCCAUGGCGUCAAGCAUAUGCAUGUGCCUCUAUCACAUUUUCGGCUACAUAGGCGGAACUUUGCUUCCCGGCGUCAUAAUGGACCUAACAGAGACGGACCGAUCCGCCAUUUUCGCGACCUACUUCCCCGUUAUUUUGGGCACCUUAGGUGCGAUGGGGAACGCCUUGGCGCGUUACUAUGAAUACAAACGCGCUCCAGCAGCGGAAUCUAAUGUUUAA